UCGAAAUCGGUACUUUCCAACGCUUUAUGAAGUCGAUGGGUAGACGCAAUCCAGAUACCCUGGUGAAUUAAGUCAACAAAACCUACGUGAAUCCUCAAUGGAUAUGACGAAUCUCACACCUCAGAGUACCAGGAACAACAUAACUCACCCAUCGCAUUUCGGAUGUGUUUGAAGUUACGUCAUUUGACACUGGACGUGACAAAGUCACAUCACCGCACGACACACCUGCUGAAGUUCUGCUCUCCUGGUGCGGUUGUAUCUACUCAUUGCGCAUUUGAAGGCUACUGUGUUACUACCUGAAAGUCUCAAACCUCGUGCAUCUGGCGAUGGCAUGUGAUAAAGCUGACGUCUGUGCUAAGUGGCGGCGGUGAACCUCACCUCUGUGCUAAUCAGGAGUGGCGAUGCUCACCUCUGUAUUGAUCAGGAGUGUUGAAGCUCACCUCAGUGCUACUGAUCAGGAAUGGCGAAGUUCACGUCUCCGCUGAUCGGCCGCGGUGAAGGUCACAUCUCUGCCGAUCGACUGCGGUGAAGGUCACGUCUUCACUAAUCGGCUGCGGCGAAGUUCACGUCUCCGCUGAUCGGCCGCGGUGAAGGUCACAUCUCUGCCAAUCGACUGCGGUGAAGGUCACAUCUCUGCCGCUCGGCUGCGGUGAAGGUCACGUCUCCACUGAUCGGUCGCGGUGAAGGUCACAUCUCUGCCGAUCGGCUGCGGUGAAGGUCACAUCUCUGCCGAUCGGCUGCAGUGAAAGUCACGUCUCCACUGAGCGGCCGCGGUGAAGGUUACAUCUCUGCCGAUCGACUGCGGUGAAGGUCACGUCUCCACUGAUCGGUCGCGGGGAGGCUCACGUCUCACCGGCGAGCCCGCGGCUCGUGGCGACUGCAGCCAGCGGCCAUGUACCACGGCGGAGUGCACAACGCCGGCGGGUACGGCCUGGAGGGCGGCGCCAGCGGCGGCGGCUACUUCCCCAGCCCUGUUUGCGUGCCGCCGGCUCACCAGAUCUUCGGGUUCUCUCAGAUGGCGGCACAGAGUGCGCAAAUGACCGCGCCGGCUGGCGGCGGCGCGGCCGGAGCCAGCGGAGGGUGGCAAACAGUGGCGCCACAGACCAACUCCGACAACUCACACCUGGCGGUAAACUUCGGCGGCUUUAAGUUGGGCUCCGGUCGCGAGAUGACCCAGCCGACCAUGUCGCAAGGUUUCGGCGGCUACAGCUACCCGGCCGGCAACGUCAACCCCUGGGCGUGCAACAACAUGACGGGCCUGCAGACCCUGCAGCGCGGCGCUUAUGACUUUCGUGAAUGUGUCCAGUGCGGCACAGUGACCCAGUCCUGCUACCCUGACGGCACGGGUCACUUCCUCUGUGGCACCUGCUUCUGCAGUCCCAAGUGGAAGGGCAUUUCGCCAGCUCGCCUGUACAACGCCAGGCGAGGGUCGCCGUUCGCCAGGCGUUUCCAUUCCAUGUGCACCAACUGCGGCACCACGCAGACAACGCUGUGGCGACGGAACGCAGACGGUGAGCCGGUGUGCAACGCCUGCGGCCUGUACUUCAAGCUGCAUGGGAUCCGUCGGCCACUCUCUAUGAGAAAGGAUGGCAUUCAGACCAGAAAACGGAAGCCUAAGGGCAAAAAGAAAGAUGAAGACAAAGAGAAGAAAGACGAGACCAGCGCCGGCGCCACCAAGAAGAGCACACCAAGCUCGACCGCGAAGACGGAGACUCCGGUCUCCGGCGGCUACAAACCGGCCGUCGCGAGCGCCACCUGCGACAGCCGCGUGCAAAUGAUGCUGCCACCUACAGUGAGCGCGCCGGCGGGCGGUGCGGUCGUUCCAUCAUCGAACGUCGGCCAUAGGUUUCCUUUCGCAAAUCGGCCUGCCGGCACCGGCUACGGUUCCACAUUCAGGAAGUUGCUUGAUACGGACGUGAGGGACAUUUCCUGAGGGCCAGUUUGCGCCUCGUGGCAGGGUCAGCGCCAUGGAGUCGUCCUACGUCACUUUGGCGUGUGGCGAUUGUUGAACGUAUUUCUUGUGGGGAACUGUUUUCUUGCGUCGUUUCCAGUGCCUUCCAGGGAAGUGAUAUUAUUUGAUCUGAGUGUGGAUCUUAAUAGUUGAUAUUGGCUGGUUGAACCGGCCACAAACUCCGAUGCAAUAGAUGGCCUUUGCAACAUGAUGUUAGUUUUGUGCAAUGUGCAUUUUAGGUCAUUGAGUUUAAGCAUUUACCGUACUGUUACUGAACUUCGUUCAAACCCAAGAGAACUCCACUGGCAUUGGAGGGAUCUGUAGUCGUGUUGAUCUAAGCAUAUCCGUGCAAGAUAGAUGUAAUAAGAGCCUAAGGUAAAGUGAUUUGAAUUGUCUCCACUCUCUGCAUCGGAAAAUAUAUUCGCUUGGCAGCGCAAA